AUGACAGGAUCGGCAUCGUACCCUGCUGAGUUCUUCACUGCAGCCGGUCAUUCGAAUAUAAUUCUUCUCGCUCUGGAUGCUCAUGAUAUAGAUGACUACGAUAUCUCUGCUCAUUUCCCGGUAGCACUCAAUUUUAUUCACAAAUCGUUGCAAGCCGGCGAUGGAGCUAUUUUAGUUCAUUGUGCUGCAGGUGUAUCUCGUUCAGCCUUGAUAACUGCCGCUUAUUUAAUGAUCGCACACCAAAUUAGUGCUGUGGACGCUGUUUUACGUGUACAUCAGGCGCGUCCAUGUGCAUGUCCAAAUAUCGGUUUUCUACGGCAGUUGCUUCUUUUCGAGCGUACAGGAUUUAAACUUACAUGA